AUGGUGGGGGGAUCAGCGAAUUAUGUUGGUCCAAGUGACCCAGUUUCGAAUUCGGAUGAUGUCAUAUUGAUUGAAAGUGACGAUGAACAGCAUAGUUCAAGAGAUAGUGGACUCCGAAGCUCGACCACUCGUGAUACGAUGAGUCCAAACUCCAACGGUAGUAAUCAAUCAGAAGUAGUCUCUAGGGAGAGUAGUCGAAAUGCGGAUUCUGUAUCGCCCAUGGGUUCAACUGCCGAGUACAUUGAUCUGGAAAUGGAACCUGCGGGGAAUGAAGAGCAAGACGAUAUGAUAGUAUAUGAUGAAAGACUAAGCACACCACGAGAUGCAGAAGAUGAUGAACUUAUAUUUGUACAAGAGCAAACUAGGCCUUCUACAAUACAACUUAAUUUACCAGGACGAAAUCCCAUGAGGAUCACCGCAACGGAGUAUGAUAGGCCCGCUAGACGUUCGUUUGAACAACAAGCGAGUAAUCGCCAACUGCGACAUCAGACUCGAGUAGCAAGACGGCAACCGAUGCGGCGAGCAGCUCGGAGAGCUAAUCAUUCAAUGAAUGGAUAUGAAUCGGAUGAUGGCGGCUUGACAUCAAAUCGAAACCAAAUAAAUUACGAUCCAGAAUUUGCAGCAAUACAACGAAGGCUAGAUAGUUAUCCCCUCGAUAUCCGAAGUGCUUUCCUGCAUGCUCAAAACAUGAACGAAUUCAGUUCUAUAAUAGAGAAUGUAGAUCCUCUCACUUGGCAAGACUGCAGGUACGACCUAGAACGAUUGUUUAUGGAUUAUAGGCGGAUGAUGGCUAGGAGAGCAGCACAAAUUGGUCAGAACAUGCCAGGAUACAGAUCGCCUCCAAACAGAACACAAGGAAACGCGGAUCUACUUCGUAGAUUGGGGCCAUUGGGCGUACGAAUAGGAAUUGGAACUGGGAUGGGAGAGAGUCUCACCCAUUAUAUAUUGGAGCCUGGUAUCUUUGGCUAUGGCUCCUUUCGCAUGAUUGGGAACCCUGGCGGUUUCGACGAUGGAAUGGAGGAAGAAGCACGCACACAGAGCAUACUGAAUGCAAUUCAGGAACGGGAAGAGCAGGAACGUGAUGCUCAGACAAAAUCAAACAUGGAGAAGACAAGGUCACAGGAGGAAAAUUUUAUAGAGAAAUGCAAGAACCUACCGGAAGGUUACAGUGCAUCAUUUGACACUACGCCCACAACAGUCAGAUUAGAACCGCUAAACGACGGUAACAAGCAAGCAAUUGUGGUCGAGGACGAGUCUGCCAUUGCCGAAUGGGAAGAGAUUGCUGUAUGCUGUCUUUGCGGAGUGGAAUUGGGAGUGGGACUACCAGACGACUUUACUGGUAUAAGCGCAGAUGAUCGGCAUCUAUCUUUUGACGAACUAGUGACCAAGUACUGUUCACAUUGUCCCUACCAGAGUCUCACAUCUGCAAAUGGUACCGAAAGAGCUCUAUCUAUGAAAACUUUUGUAGCGAGUUGCGGUCAUACUUUCUGCGGACGAUGUGUCGUUAGGAUAGAGAAUGCUCGGACCCAUUCCAAAAGCAGUAAGAAGGAACUAUCUAAAUUCAAAGGUCCCUUGCAUCCGGAUAACUACGGUCCUAGGCUAUGCCCAGCAACGGGUUGCAAGCAAAACAUUCGGCUAGGUAGAACCAAGAUGAGAGAAGCCUUUUUCUAG